AUGGACACGCUGUCCCAACUCCCGUCGCCUACGCUCAAAUCCAUCCAGCGCCAGAGAUACCUCGAAAGCGUCGCCCUGGUCGACAUGGACAGCAUCAUUCUGAGCGGCAUCGACGUUGCCAAGUGCAAAGACGACAACCUUCGCCAGCUCAUCCGACGUGUUGAAAUGGACUACUUCACACUCAAGUUUGCCCCGCCGUUCGAAGACGCAUUUGUGUACGUGCUCCACCGCCGUGCGAUUCGGCGCAUUCGAUACACUCUCUUGCUUGGAUUCGUUUGCGUUUUGGCCAAGUCGCUCUAUGGAGCUCACGUUGGUGAAGGCCAUCCGGUUACCCAUGCCGACUCGGUGGCAUUGGGCCUCGGGAUCGGCGUCGCGCUGCCGACAAUCGUCGUCGCAUUUGGCUGCACGUUUGUGGAGGCAUGGACGCCGUGGUGCGAGUACUAUUCUUCGGUCGCGUUCUUCAUCGUGUGCCUCGAAAUGACGGCGGAAAAGUUGAUUCUGCAUAAACCCGGUCCGAUCCUCCCGCUCUUCCUUUGCUUUGUUCCGGUCUUUGGGAUCACGCGGCUUCGCUUCCAUGUGUGCUGGCGGAUGGUGGCGUUCACAAUUGGCCUCCACCUGGCGGCACUCGUGGCAGCUGGCCAAGAGGACAUCCCCGACAUCUUUUUCCAAGGGUUUUCGUACUUGGGGGGGAUUGUAGGGGGUGCUGUCGCCCACUACCGCGUGGAAGUGCUUCGCCGUCGCAAUUUUGUGCUGCAUUUGCCCUUUUGUGCCGAAUCGUUUGACAAGUUUCAAGUCCAAUGCGAUAUGAAGGAGCCGAGCACGAGCAAGCAUCGCCUCCUCGAACGGGUCACGCUCCGGUUCAAGAACCGCCAAAUCGAAGCGUCGUUCAAUCGGUAUUGGUACCUGAUCGAUGGAAGUCCGUUUCAAAAUGUCCACAAGUGCACUUUGCACCAAAAUGCCGCGAGGACGAUCCGGUAUGCCGUCCAAAGCGCUUUUCUCCACCAACUCUUGUUGGCCCUUCAAGACUGGCGGUACACACUGUUCCUCCUGCUGUUGCACGUAGUCAUCGAGGGACUUGUUUCUAGGUACAUUUACCUGGCAGAGGCAAACUCGCACAAAACGUACUGGGUUGCCAUCGGCCUACGUCUCAGCGUUGUGUUGGCGUAUUUUGGCGCGCAGGGAUUGAUGUGGCGAUAUGGUCAUCGGUACUCCAACUAUUGGGAGCGCCACGGGUCGAAGCAGCAGCCACGGGAGCACCACGAGUCGAUGUCCAAGCCUGUGCCCCUCUUGGAGGCGGCGUCAACAUUACCCAGCAAUUACGUGUGGAAGAUGCAGCUGUGGUCGGCGUCGAUUGUGUGUUUGCAUGCGCUUUCCAUGGGCCUGAUUUUGAUUCACUUUGACACUUCUGGCAUCAACAGCGGCGUCGCCGCCCCGUGCUACUACCUCGCCCUCCUCAACGCGAUACUAUUUCCUCACCGAUCUGGGUUUCGCGUUCGGUUUGUAUUUGCCACGGUGUCGACGGCCGUGGUGUGUGUUGUGUUUGGAGUCAUCUGCAGCGUUCUCGUGCCGUAUCACUUCCUCGAGUACUGCACCUACGUGGGGAUCACGCUCUCCCUCGGCAUGUUCAUCAGCUACGAAGAAGAAUCGGUUCGCCGAUCGUUCUUUGUGCGACGGGCCAUUCGAUCGCACGAAUUUGCUACGUGGCACGCUGCGAUUUCCGUCAUCCGACCAUAUAUUCGACGAAAGAUGGCAGCAAAGCGGGCAGCAGGCCGUCGCCGGGUGUUGGCUCUUCCUUCAGCCGCCGACGAAUUGGCCAACAGCGGAGUGAAAAUCCCGACCUCGAACCUCUUGGCCACUGCGAGCAAGUAUGGCAUGUACUUUGACGCGGUGCAAGCGGUCGUGGCGGCGUGUGUACUAGCAGCAUACUUGAAUUGA